CCACGACCUGGCCAAGUCCUUGGGCUUGUUGGCACCAACGGGAUUGGCAAGAGUACUGCUCUCAAAGUUCUCGCCGGGAAGCUGAAGCCUAACCUCGGACGCUACGAUGAUCCCCCAGACUGGCAGGAGAUCCUGAAGUACUUCCGUGGCUCUGAGCUGCAGAACUACUUUACGAAGGUGCUCGAGGACAACCUUAAAGCGCUCAUCAAGCCCCAAUACGUCGACCAUAUCCCCCGGGCAGUGAAGGGCAAGAUGUCUGUCUCUGAGAUGCUGGACGGGAAGCUGGAGCGCGACAACAAGCAGAAGAUGUGCGACGAUCUCGAGCUGAACGACGUCCUGACGCGUGAAGUCGGCCAGCUUUCUGGUGGAGAGUUGCAGCGCUUCGCCAUCGCCAUGUCUUGUAUCCAGAAGGCGGAUGUCUACAUGUUCGACGAGCCCUCGAGUUAUCUGGACGUCAAGCAACGUCUGAAGGCGGCCGAGGUCAUCCGCGAGUUGCUCACGCCUUCCAACUACGUCAUCGCCGUCGAGCACGACUUGUCCGUUCUUGAUUACCUUUCCGACUUCGUCUGCUGUUUGUACGGAAAGCCGUCUAUGUACGGUGUCGUUACCAUGCCCUACUCCGUCCGCGAAGGUAUCAACAUCUUCCUGGAUGGUUUCAUCCCCACCGAGAACCUGCGGUUCCGUGAGGAAUCGCUCUCCUUCAAGAUGGUCGAGACUGCGGAAGAGCUCGUCAUCGACAAAACCCGGCACUACUCCUACCCCUCGAUGACGAAGACGCUCGGCGGCUUCAAGCUCACCGUCGAGGCCGGCUCCUUCACUGACUCAGAGAUCAUCGUCAUGCUUGGCGAGAACGGGACCGGAAAGACGACGUUCGUCAAGCUCCUUGCCGGAGACACCCCGGACGAGGAGACUGACAAGCAGACGCUCUCGGUCUCCCUCAAGCCGCAGACGAUCUCGCCGAGCUUCCCUGGCACAGUCCGCAUGCUGCUCAUAAAGCGCAUCAAGGCCGCGUUCAUGCACCCGCAGUUCAACACCGACGUCCUCAAGCCGAUGAACCUCGAGCCGAUCAUGGACCAGGAGGUGAAGACGCUCUCCGGUGGUGAGCUCCAGCGUGUCGCCAUCGUGCUUGCGCUGGGGAAACCGAACGUCGCGGUGUACCUCAUCGACGAGCCCUCUUCCUUUUUGGACUCAGAGCAGCGUAUCAUUGCGAGCAAGGUCAUCAAACGGUUCAUCCUGCAUGCAAAGAAAACGGCGUUUGUCAUCGAACACGAUUUCAUCAUGGCCACCUACCUUGCGGACCGCGUCAUCGUGUUCGAGGGAAAGCCCGCCAUUGCCGCUACGGCUACCCCACCGCAAUCUCUCCUCUCGGGUAUGAACAAGUUCCUGAGCUCGCUCGAGAUCACGUUCCGUCGCGAUCCGACGAAUUACCGUCCACGCGUGAACAAGAAGCACAGCGUCAAGGACCGCGAGCAGAAGUUCGCUGGCAACUACUUCUUCCUCGAGGAAUGA